GAUUACUGCUUUGUGUCCGAAGCUUGUAGGUGAAUGAUGCCGAUGCAUUCAAGUCAGAAGCUAUGUAGACUUGUCAGUGUUUUGAUCUAUGUGGUCAGCAUUUGACCCUAUGCAAUGAACUCGAACGCCCCCAUCAAAACACGCUUCCUCAUCCUCUCCGACACGCACAACAUCAACCUCCCAUCAGACUCCACCACCAACCACCGUGCAGACGUAGCCAUCCACUGCGGCGACCUAACGCAAACCUCCAUGCUCGACGAGAUGCAAGCCUCCAUCGCGCUUCUCCAGCAGAUCGACGCGCCCCUGAAGCUCGUCAUCGCCGGCAACCACGACUUCACGCUGGACACGCCAUUCUUCCGAGACCUGCUCGAGAAGGACUACGCGCGGCUCGACCCGACGGCCAUUGCCAAGUUCUACGGCGAGUACGGCGAGGCCCGCCAGCUGUUCGCCGCACCAGAUGCCCAAGCCAGCGGGAUCCGGCUGCUCGACGAAGGGACGCAUCAGUUCACGCUGCAGAACGGCGCGGUGCUCACCGUCUACGCUAGCCCUUACACCCCAGCGCGGGGGAAGAUGGGCUUCCAGUACGAGCGGUCUGAAGGCCAUGCCUUCGACAUUCCGCCGGGUGUCGACGUAGCCAUGACCCACGGUCCUCCCGCGGGUGUCUUGGAUUACACCGCGCACGGUCAGCGGGCGGGGUGUCCGGACCUGCUUGCGGCCGCUGCUCGUGCCCGGCCGCCCAUGCACUGCUUUGGGCAUAUUCAUGAGGGCUGGGGGGCGCGUUUGGUGACGUGGCGGGAGAAGGUCGGUGAGGACCCGUCGCAUUCGGUGCUCAUUGACGACGAUCGGUCUGUGUUAAUUGAGGAUCUGUCUACCUUGAACCAAGGAGCCGAGGAGAAAGGGAAGAUGGGUGAACAGAGCGGUGGGCUCAGUCGGACCAGCCAUUGUGCUGACAAUGAGCAUCCGUUGAAACCCGGGUUGCAGACGCUAUUUGUCAACGCCGCGAUUGAGGGGCUGGGUGAGAUUCGUGUGCAGCCGCCUUGGCUGGUUGAUCUGGAACUUCUGAGGGUGGCAUAGAUUCGGGUCUGUAGGUCUCAGUCUUGUUAGAUUGCGCGGUGUGGCCUUUUAUAUAGAGACAUAAGAUUGGAUCAGGUGCUUGGAAGAGAAGCACUUGUCGAAGGCUAGAGGAUACUUUCUGAGGUCGGAGAGGCAUUAAUCAUCUGCUUCAUACCAAAUGGAAUCCCGUGCGAGCAAUGAAGCAACGUGGAUAUGAUGGUUAAAGUGCGACUUGGACUCUGUAUCCAAAACAAAACAAAGUCUAAAGCCGGUCCACCCACAUAAUUGCUUGCCAAAGGACCAUCCAAGAGUAUCCCAAACCAAAGCAGAUCGAAUGCCAAAUCUCACAGGGUCUUUGUCUAUACUCUAUACGCAUAUUAAUCUAUAGCCGUAAUGCAUCAUCUAAACGAAUCGAAUCGACCAGCCCACGUUUAGGACAUACACCCCCAUGAGCCAAGAAACCUAACCACCAGAC